AUGGCGUUGUCCCUGCUUCAAGUUCCGUCCUUCCCGUCGUAUACGGGACCACAUCAGGUGGGCACUACAGAGUUUGACAUUCCCGUGUCUUCUCUUGAAUCGCCGGCACCUACCCCAAAAUCAGAUAUACCUCUUCCUACAAUUCUAUUCCGCAUAUUUUAUCCUGCUGAUGAUGUUGAACCAACGUCGAGACCUAUGUAUUGGAUUCCAGAUCCGCAAGCAACCUUUAUUGGCGGGUUGGCGGAGCUUCUCGGAGUCCCAAAACGACUAUCGAAUAUAUUAGGGCUACUCCCAAGCACAGUCAAAUGGACGAAGAUACCUGCAUUUAGGGAUGCGCCCUUGAAAGCCUCGACACUCCCCUCAAAACGCUGGCCAGUCAUGGUCUUUUCCCACGGCAUCGCGGGGUCAAGGUAUAUGUAUAGCUAUAUCCUUGGUUGCCUGGCCAGUUACGGAAUUGUCAUCAUUGCCCCUGAACACCGGGAUGGAAGCAGUCCCAGCUCGCUUCUCCGAAACGCUCAUGGCCAGGUUACCGAAAAGGUUCCAUACCAACGAAUGAAGCACAUUUUCGACCCGAAUAUUCUCCAAAGGCGACAUGCCCAGUUGCGCAUCCGAUUCUGGGAAUUGGGUCUCGUGCACGAUGCCCUUCUCAAGAUGGAUGCGGGAACCGAGAUUCCAAAUUUUGUGCAGAUGAAGGGCGCGAAAGGUCCCGUGUUUUCUUCUAGUCUUGACAUUCAUUCUCCCGGCAGCAUUGCGUGGGCAGGCCAUUCAUUCGGUGCCGCAAGUGUCGUCCAAUUUGUCAAGUCUAUCUACUGGGGCCACCAAAUCUGCAAGGAUCCAUCAUCGAUCUCAGCAGAGCCAUCCUUCUCGCAAUACCGCCCCUUGUACGAGCCUCGACCAGAUAGCAAAAUCGUUUCACAGAUGAUUCCGACUUCGCCCCUUAUCCUCCUCGACCUCUGGACCCUCCCUUUGUUAGGGGAUGAUGUAAAAUGGCUCUGGGAGAAGCCGCUGCCAUGCUAUGCAGAAACAGGCGAGGGCCAGCCGCGAUCGCCUAGUGUUUUGGCUAUCCUGAGUGACGAGUUUUUCAAAUGGAAAGCCGGAUUAAAGGCUACUCGACAUGUGUUGUCUUACCACCCCGCACCUGGGUCCGAUGAUCAGGGCAAUGAAGAAGUUGGCAAGCAACAGCCGAAGAUCUUCUAUACCGUCAAUUCGUCCCAUUUGAGCCAGUCAGACAUUGGCCUCGUAUUCCCAUGGAUGAUGAAGAGAUGGGGAAAGGCCGAAGAGCCCGAGCGAACGAUGCAGCUGAAUGUUACGGCAAUUAUACAGAUGUUGAGAGAAUGCGGCGUCCCAUUCGAUCUGGACGAGGACGUGAAGUGUGCCUUGGAAAAUGUCGCAGAUGCUACGCUUGACCACUGCGAUAACGAUUCCCAAAACGGGAAUGGUGGCAAACAAAGCGGAUUCCAUCCAAUUAUUUUUUCAACGGAUGGCUCUGUUCGAGGCUGGUUGCCAGUAUCUUUGGCUGACGAUACGGCCCCAGUCGAAGAAUUUAAGGUUCGAAGUCCCCAAAAACUUUGA